AUGAUGGAGGAGAUAGACCGGUUCCAGGUGCCCGCCGUGCGCGCCGAGAUGCAACCGCUGGAUCCAACAGCUGCAUCUAUUUCGGACAGAGAUUGUGAUACAAGAGAGGGAGAGACUGUAGCCAUGAACUAUAAGCCGUCCCCACUUCAAGUGAAAUUAGAGAAGCAGAGGGAGCUGGCUCGGAAGGGCUCACUGAAGAACGGUAACAUGGGAAGCCCAGUUAAUCAGCAGCCCAAGAAGAACAAUGUGAUGGCACGAACAAGGCUUGUCGUUCCCAAUAAGGGCUACUCGUCAUUAGACCAGAGUCCAGAUGAGAAGCCACUGGUAGCCCUGGAUACGGACAGUGAUGAUGACUUUGACAUGUCCAGAUACUCCUCCUCGGGAUACUCAUCAGCUGAGCAGAUCAACCAAGACUUGAACAUCCAGCUGCUAAAAGAUGGGUACCGGUUAGAUGAGAUCCCAGAUGACGAGGACCUCGACCUAAUUCCCCCUAAGUCAGUCAACCCUACCUGCAUGUGCUGCCAAGCCACCUCCUCCACCGCCUGUCACAUCCAGUAGUGAGGCCGGCAGGCUGU